AUGAAAGAUGGUAUAAUAUUAGAAAAACAUCGUGUAAUCCCUAAAUAUGAUAAAGAGAUAUGUAUUUUAAUUUUGGAACAUUUUCAUGAUCAAGCAAAUUAUCGGGAGUAUCACAAAACUUUCUCUGCAAUUUCAGAAAAACAUAUUGGAAUUAUACAAGAGGAAUCACAAGGUCAAAUUGAGCAACUUAACCAGACAGUGGGCCAUGAUUUUACUAAGUUGUUGUGGGAUCGAAAUAAUCAGUUACAGAAAAAAGAUUGGAUUAAUGUAAUUGAUAUGUUUGUUAUGUCAUAUAAUUCAACUAUCCACAAAGCACAUGGCUGCACCCUGCACGAAGCAAUUUUCAGAUGGAAAAUGUAUUGUGUAUAUGAUACAUCCGAUUUCUUCAGAACUAUCACCGCUUCUGAAACUUCCACCUCUGAGAUUAUCACUGUCAUCUUUAAGACCACUGUUUUUGAAACCAUCACCUCCGAAACUAUAACAGACGAAGCUGCUAUGGAACAACGCAUUUCACAUAUGCUCAAAAUUCACCAAUCCAUAAAUGCUUCACUUGAAAAGUAUUGUGAAAAGUUAGGCCAUAAUAAUAUGCAUAGAAAGAAAACGGCAAAUAAUACAAUUGAAACUGGAAUUGAAAUUGCUAUUGUGCCCGAUCAUGAUAUGAAUCAACAAACUCGCAAGAGAAAGUUGUAG